GUGGAAUGGCGCUUAAGAACGAAAGGUCCCUAUCGUCUGGUCAGGAGUUGAUGCACUUGGACAUGAUGAUUUCUAACAAACUGGGGAUCACCAUAGCACUCUGUGCCCUAUCAGUGCUUUCCUUCGAGUUUAACCUGCCUAAAAACUGUACUCACAGCGCGCAUAGUCGAGGCUGCUGGGCUAAUGGCUUCAAUAUUCUGACUGACUAUCACGACGUUGCAAACAUUCCUCCUGGAAAACUGGUCGAGUACCACCUUACCGUAUCUGAAAGCACGAUAUCUCCAGAUGGCUAUGAACGCCCGGGCAUAGUCGUCAACGGGCAAUAUCCAGGGCCUACCAUAGAGGCAGACUGGGGCGAUACUGUCCGUACGUUAACCCUUGAAAAUAACCUCCUGCAUCCUAGGCACUUUCUGAAAAAGAAAUCAGGUAUCAAUGUGUACAACAAUCUGACGACAUAUAACGGGACAUCCAUUCACUGGCACGGAAUACGGCAAUGGCACACUAACUGGCAAGAUGGUGUGCCAGGCGUCACUCAGUGUCCCAUAACGUCAGGGGACGAACAACUAUAUGAAUUUAGGGCUACACAGUAUGGAAGUACAUACUAUCAUGCCCACGAUGGCAUACAGAUUGCCGACGGCUUGUAUGGUGGUCUUGUCAUUCACGGUCCGUCAAGUAUGGACUACGACGUCAACCUUGGCCCAUGGCUGAUAGGUGAUCACUACCACACAAAUGUUUCCGGCCUCGACUGGAUUCCGUUAUAUCCCGAAAAUGAUAUGCUGCCGCCUGUUGGUCUCCUUAACGGAAAGGGGGUUUCCAUUUGCGACGAUACGUCUACAGAUACCCAUUGCACCGGCACAGGGCAGCAUUUUGAAACGGUAUUUCGCAAGGGCACAAAGUAUAAGAUUGGAGUUAUAGGUUCGAUGACUCUUCUACCACAAGCUUUCUGGGUUGACGGCCACACUAUGACCGUGAUUCAAAUGGAUAUGGUUCCAGUUGUGCCAUACGUCACCGACGUACUAAUCGUUGGAACAGGCCAACGGUACGAGAUUAUCAUCGAGGCGAAUGCAGAUUUUGAAAAUGGCACAGAUUUCUGGAUUCAUGCAUCUCCUUGCGAUCGACGUGCGGUUCGAUCCGACAGGCUAGGGAUCGUUCGCUACGAUAAAGACAGUAAAGAUGUUCCUAAGUGGGCUCUGGGGGCUGAUACUUAUCAUUAUCUGCAUUGCCGCGAUCCUGACUACCGGAGCAUCGCACCGGUGGUCAAGAGAGCCGUUGGACAUAGCGCAAAUGCGGUUAAGCCAGAGAACUACGUGAGACCAGGAAUGCUUGCAUACCCAGAUCCGUCUGUGGGUAAUAAGUCCCACUUCUUUCAUUGGACCUUGACAGAUGUUCCUCAACAUGUCGACUGGGCAAACCCUAGCUUGAAGUCAGUCUUUGCGGAUGAGGAUACGCCACUGCCACGAGAAGCGGCCUCUCUCUCCUUGGAUUUCGAAACAGGUCAAUGGGUGUACUUCCUUAUCGUCAAUAACUUUACCCAGGGAUUUAACUCCUCUAGGGCUUAUCAUCCAAUGCAUUUGCAUGGCCAUGAUAUGGCCAUUUUAGCCCAAGGUCCAGCCCCUCUCCCCGACGAGAUCGAGCUAAACCUGGAGAACCCCCCACGAAGAGACACGGUUAUGGUUGAAGGCAAAGGGGGGUAUAUGUGGAUCGCAUUCGAAAUAAAUAAUCCUGGGUCCUGGUUGUUUCACUGCCAUAUUAGCAGUCAUGCACUCGCGGGGCUCUCCAUGCAGUUCAUUGAGCAGCCUGGGAAGAUCCGAGGGCUUAUGGAAGAAGCCGGCGCUGCCAAAGAACUCUCGGAUCGAUGUGAUACAUGGUCAGAGUGGGCUCGCAAAGCGAACUUCGAACAAGAUCUGAGCUCAGGGAUUUAAGCCAACCACGAUAUCCUGUUUGCCUCCCAUGUAACACUAUAUCGCUGCUAUCCACUAUUUGGACGGAAUAUACAUAUCCUACCAAGAUAUCAGUGUACCCCUGCAGAUAACAUCUAUAUCAUAGGGCUUUAGGGUUUGUAAUAUAUAUAACUGAUUAUUAUAGUACAAUGUCUGACUAUCGUUCGUCCGAUAUAAUCACUAUGGCGAGUGUCUUC